AUGGCGGCGAGUGCGAAUCCUUCGGGGAACAAUCAGGAAGGUUCGUCGGCGGCGCAGAAGGUGACGUCUUCAUCUCCGGCGGCGGCGGCGGCUACGAAUGGUGUAGAUUCGGUGGAAAAUGGUGGUAAUAAAACGACGGUGGAUAGGACUUCAGAGACGAUAAAGGCGUUGAAGCAUAAUCCAGGGAUCUCUGUUGAUUGGACUCUUGAGGAGCAAUCUUUAUUGGAAGAUUUGCUCGCAAAGUACGCGUCAGAGCCUACGAUUGUUCGUUAUGCUACGAUUGCGACGAAAAUGAAGGAUAAAACUGUUAGAGAUGUUGCUCUCCUUUGUAGAUGGAUGACUAGAAAGGAAAAUGGGAAGCGUAGGAAAGAAGAUCUUUCAUCAAGGAAGAGUAAAGAUAAGAAAGAAAAGACUACAGAUUCUUCAGCUAAGGCCUCAUCUCAUUUGAAUGCUCAUCCGAAUGGUCCUUCCUAUGCACCGCCUCCUAUGAUGCCUAUAGAUACUGAUGAUGGCAUUUCAUAUAAAGCCAUUGGUGGUGUGAGUGGAGAUCUUCUCGAGCAAAAUUCUCAAAUGUUCAAUCAAGUUUCAUCAAACUUCUCAGCUUUUCAGAUACAUGAGAACGUCAAUAUCUUGUGCAAAGCUCGGGACAAUAUCCUCUCAAUCUUGAACGAUUUGAAUGACAUGCCAGAGGUUAUGAAGCAGAUGCCACCUCUUCCUGUGAAGGUGAACGAAGAGCUGGCUAACUCAAUCCUCCCUCGCCCGCCCCAUCAAAAGAAGUUGUGAUGAAUCUUUUAGAGCCAUCUCUUAUAUAGUAGUCUCUUUUGCAGUUUGAGUCGUCUUUGGAUGUUUGUUUUUUUUUUAGCAAAUGGUGAAUUGAUACAUGUGAGUAGGAUUGUACUGUCGUUUAGGAUGUGAAUAGAUUUCUACUGUUAUGGUAAAAGUCUUAUGUGUAAAAUUGGUUUCAAGCUGUAAAGGUUUGAGAUUCCAAGAGCUAUCCUACAAGGAUGAUGCUGAGAUAUUAGGUUAGAAGGAAACGAACGUACUCAUUAUUUCUUGUAAUAAUAGAGCUGAAUGUUAUGCUAGUCUGGUCCGAAGCCUAAAGACUUUGAGGUUUUCUAGUUUGAAG